AUGGAUCAACUACUUCAGGAUUUAGAUGCUGCAAAGACAAGAAGGAAAACCACUUAUAAAAAGGUUUUACGGCACGAUGACGAACCACCUGAGGCAUCCCUUUCAGCUGUUCUUGGAGAUGGAUUUCUGUUUCAAAGUGAUGUAUUAAACAGGGUGAAAAAGAGGUUGGAUAAUGAGAGCUGCGAAACAGUACAUUUCAGUGAGACUUCAAUGCUUUCUAACCUGUAUGGCGACGCUGAAGAGGUGGAAACGGAAACUUUGACAGCGAAAGAAUGGAAUCAAAAGGUGAUACAGCCUAAGCCAAAAACCAAUGAGAAACCUGUAUUACAUGCUAUUAAUGAUGGCCUUAUUGGCAAGCAAGAAGGGCUAAAAAGCCCUCCGACCGCUGACGAAGCCUUUCGGAGACGUAGGUCCAUGACUAUUUCAGAUGCAGGUUCGAAUGCUGAUGGAAUGACUCAGCCUAUUCUCGAGUGCUCAGCUGAGGCAAGAACGCAACUGAUUUCACCCAUGAAGGAGCCGAAACAAGCUUCAGAGGGAACGGCGAAAAUUGUGUCGCAGACCAAGUCUUCUGAGGUCCCUCAAAUAUUAACGCCCUGCGAUGAUGACGCUGUAUCAUGCAAUGAUUUACAAUCGACAGCAGCAGAUUUUGAUGACCCUACAAAACUGAAGAUCCAUGAGAUUCAAGAACAACUGAAAAAUGAAAACGAACCAACAUACACAAAGUUUGAAGCCCAAAAAGCAACAUCUCAAAAGAAUGUAGUUUUUUCUCGAGAAGCUUUUAUGAAAGAUUUUGAUAAUAGUAGUGAUUCAGAUUCCGAAGUGCCAUAUCAGCAGACAGUGGCGAUCCACAAUACGCAGAACAGUGAUGAACUUGAACAGAGAAGCAGGACAGUACAUAAAUCAGGGUCGCUUAAUGCAUAUGAGCGCGAGCUCAAACAACAACUGGAGCAGCACCAUGGCAUUGCACUCUCUUCGGAGAGUGAGAGUAGCGAAGAUGACAGAGUAUCGCCAUCAUUUGCGUCUAAGGCAACUGUGCUGGAAAUUAGAGCACGAAUAUCAAAGCGGAAGGUGCGAACCAAAGCUCGCGGAGGAGGAGCGUCUCUCACUGCAUUGAUAAGCAAUCUUAGGAAAGCUUCUAAGGAGCAGAUUAUUCAAUGCCAAAAGGAGAUGGUAGAACGACAUGGGAUGAAGUUGCAAGACAUCGAAAAGGAAAAGGAGAUGGUUGAGAAUCUGUUGGAACAAGAAAUCGCUCGUAAUAAACGUAUAAGAAUGCGUGAAAGAGAAAAAGAUAAUAGAAGCGUACGAACUUCGUCUCCUCAGAAAGCAGAUAAGGAAGGAUUUACUUUAAUGCACUCUAAUAAAUCUCAAGAAGUUGAAAGCGAUAGAUUUUCUCUCUCCGGAAGUAAUUCUGACGACUCGAAUUUUGAGUCAGACCAAGAUGAAACGUCCUUACAAGCCCAAAAGACACCAGCAGAAAAUGCCGAUCCAAUAUAUGAAAGUGACGAUGAAAAUAUAUCGAGAAGUAAGGUUAGAGCUCAUAAGACUCUAAUUCUCAGCGAAAAUGACUUGAGCGACGAAAACGAUGACUCGAUCAAAGAAGGUAUAGAUCUUGGUUCAUAUGGAGGAAAUCUAUCUACAAAAAGUGUCAGUGAAGAAAGUCACUAUAGUGGAGACGAGGAUACCCAACCUGUUACUGAAGAAUUAGAAAGGGAACACAGAAAUUUCAUCAAAGAGGAGAUGAAACGGAGAGCGCUGAAGGAGAGUCAAGAAAUAAACGAAAUGAGAAAAAGCGGCGUAAGCAAUAUGUUCGAUAUGGAAGCCGAAGAAUCAGACGAUGAAUGGCAUGGAUUAGGUGGUGCCGAAGGAGAAAGCAUCGAUAAUUACGAUUCUGACCUCGAGAAGAUGAUCGAUGAUUUCUCUCACACAACAUCCAAUGCGAAUCAAAUACGACAGUUGCUUAUUGCAGAAAACAAAGAAACAGAUUUAAAAACAGUCAACAAAAUACUUAAUGACCUAAAGAACGGCGGGUUCAGAAAGAGGCGCAACAACGACUUACAACUGGAACUAAGUGAUUAUGAGGAUGAUGAACUUCGAAACUACAGGAGGAAACGAUUAGAAACAAUGAGGAAAAAGAGACUUCAGUUCGGACAAAGCAAUUCGGAGCUUCUGAAGAAUACGAAAUCCAAGGCGUUUUUUGACAGCAUGCUUGAAGAUUUGAUGGAAAAUGGUCCAUUUGAAAAUCAAGCGCAGAAGGUUGAAGCUCAAGAUGAUAAACAUGAUACGAAGGAGACGGUUGCAAUUUCUCGAGAGUUUGUCCUAGAAAGGUUAUCUUUCUUGAAUGGUAGCAGAGACAGCGGCGAAUUUGACGUUACACAACCCGCUGGAGAAGAUGGUUUAGGAACUGAUUUGCUCAACCUAAAGCGAAGCAGCUCUGUGAAAUCUUUGGAUAACCCUCAUUCGGCCAAAACUGAAGAAGAAGACUACUCAUAUACUCUCCCAGCUGAAGGUCGUUACAUCUCCGUAGUCAAGUCGUUCGGUGAUAGGUCGGACCUAGAAAACAAGCUCAAAAAUGGGAAGAAGACAGUUACUGUUUCUAAGUCAUACAGGACAGUUGGCGGAAGUAAGACUUCAAUUACCUACCUGGCUAAAAUGCGAAAGCUUGUUGCCCCCAAAGCAAACAGGCCUCUCAAACCCAAACUGGACGAAUUGGCAUCCCUUGGAAAACGUAAGAUUUUUGGAAGUUUCGACAGCAGCUUCGAAACGUAA